AUGGAUCCAGCCCCUUCAUUUAGGAACAACUCCGACCAGUAAAUGCGAGAUGUCCUAUAACUGAAUCAAAAGCAUCAACUUCGAAGUUACAACGAGGAUGUCGCAAUGAUCCAGUAAGCAAAGGAUGCCAUAACUUCAAGUGUGCACAUGAACAAUCUGUUGAAGGACAGGAAAGAUCAAUACGACAUCGUAUUGACUUAGCGGAAGUACCUUUGGAAACAGGAAGAACAAGUCUAUAAUGAAAUCGAUCAACUCAGAGAUAGUCAUAGAAGAUAUCAAGAGAGUGUGAAUCGUUAUGGAAUUCGAAAUAACAAUUUGGAAGCAGAAAUACAGAGUAAGUUUGAGUAAGUGAAUUCAAAACUUAAUUUCAUUUAAGAGGAAAAGAAGCAAGUCACUAAAAACUUCAAUCUAAUUUAACAAUCUUUAGUGAACAGCAAAUCUAAAUUGUCUAGUAAUGGGCAAUUUGUUAUUGAAAGCAAUCAACAAUAUGACAAAUUAGUAGAUUUCAUACACAAAUAAGAACAGAAGGUUAAAUAUUUAAAGAAUGAUCAAACUAAUUUAGCUAUUAAUUAACUCAUACCAUUUGACUCAAAACUCCAAUAAAUGGCUCAAGACACAUAUGAAAAACAGCAAAAAUAUGUUUAUUAAGGAACUAAGUUCUAGGGAAAUGAAUUGCAAAAAAUAGCAGCAUUUAGCACCUUGAGAAAGAAGAUUGAAUAACAUGUAUAAAAAAAGGGAUUCCAAGAAGUCAUCUUGGAUUUACCAUUCAAAUUAGAUGAAAAAUAUCAGAAAGAAAACACUAAAGCAAUAGCCUACGAUUCUACACUACAAGAACUGGAUGAAUUCAGAAAUGACUACAUUGCUAAGGGAGGGAAUGAUCCUAAAUUUCUAAAGGAAAUCAAUGAAUUGGAGAGAUAAUAUAAGGAGAAUCACCCUCUUGGAAUCUUUGAUGCCAAUAAUUAAUUGAGUCACCCUAAGAGCUAGGAUUAAGUAUCUUAGAAUCCCAUAUUCACUUAUUUACCUCAACAGUAUCAGAAGGAUAUCUUAGAUUUGGAGUUCAAACUCUAAGAAUAGAAAGAGGCAGAUCUGAAGAAUCCAUAGAUGAACAAAUAACUGUUAAGAUCCCAAUUAAAUGUGAGUGAUUCAAGCAAGGUUGAUGAAAUCAUAUUGGAAAAUCUCAGAUUCGAAGAAAGUGAAUUACUAUUGAAAUCUAAGAAUAAUGAAUAUUACAAAUUGAAAUACAAUGAAAUUCAGAAAUUAAAGUAGAUUCAUGAACGUAAUUAUCUGGAGAAGAAAGUGCAAGAGUAAUUGGCUUUAAGGUAGAUUGAAGAUGACAUGUUGAAUUUUAAAGAAAAAGGAUAAACGAAGUUGACUUAUUUAUAGUAGUUAUAGUAAGGUAUUGGCACUAGACCUUUGUUUUAUGAUUAAGACACUGGAUUUGUAGUGAGAAUUGACUUUGUCAAUAAGUUACCAAUUUGUUAUGAUUUUGUCAAAGUAGGUUAUGGCAUAUUUAUUAAAAAUGUGGAUGAGCCCAAGGUAAUAAUGAACACGAACUAACAUGAGUGUGUAAAUGAGAACAUAUACUCUAAGAAGUGUGUGAUUUAAGAGAAAUUCGUAGAGAGGAAUCAUGAAAUCUUCAGAGAUACAUAUCUCUAUAUAGUGUUAUGGUGUUUCAGUCAAGAUUUCGGUAGUGGUAUGGUUCCAAUAUAGGUUGGUUGGUCAAUCCAUAAACUAUUCGAUGAGGAGAAACUAAUGUCAGGAGGGUACUUGCUGCCCAUUUACAAUUCCAGCUUUACAUUUGAACUUUAGAGAUUGCCUGAAGUUUAAGAAAUUAAGAUUGGAUUGAGGAUAUGUCUACCAGGAGAUUAGAAUUUGGAUUUAGAUAAUAAAAUAAUGAGUCUGAUGGAUUAUAAAGUACAACCAGUUCAUUUGAAAAAGCCAGAGUUAAUUGAUUAGGAAAGAUAAAACGUAUUCAGAGAAUAUAAAAUUAUUCCACUGCCUGAAGAAUACAUUCAGGUUAGAACAAAUGAUACUAAAUUAUGGCAAUCUGAACUCCCUCCUAAUGUUUAUAAACUGAUCGAUUAUAAUUUUAUGAACGAGGAGGAAGUAGCCUUAAAGUAAUAGGAAUAGGAGUACGAAGAAAGGAGAAUGAAUAGAUUAAAUCGUCCCAAAAGAAGAUUCAUGGGAAAGUAAGGUACAAUAGCAAGAGGUUCUUCAGAGAAAAAAAAGACUAUGCUUACAUUCAAGCAAAGGUUAGCCUUGAAAAAAGGGGCAGUUACACCAGCAAGCACAAAGGCUAAACCUACAGAAAAAGAAUAGUCAUCAAGACCAUAAAGCAAGGCAGAUAUUUCCAGGAAGAAAUUGGAGGAAUCUACUACUACUAGAGUGUAAGAAAAAUAGAAAAGUGCUUUGAUUCCAAGUAAACCAAGAAAGUUGAUGUUCAAAUUAAGAUCAUUGUCUCAAAUUUAUGUUGGGGGUAUCACAACAUUGACAAUGAAGUUAGCGCUCUUCUAAGGUAUUCAAUUAUUAGAUGAUGAUGAUAAAAAUAUGUGUGUGUUUAGUAAGGAAUUAGAACCUGAUGAAAAGGGAGACAAUUACAUUAAUUUUAAUGAAUCAUUUACAUUUGAAUUGAAUCUGACUCAGUACUUUGAAGAUUAUGAAGAAAGUGAGAUUUUGAGCACAUUUUUAUUUAUAGCUAUUUUUAAGGAGGUAACUAACUUAUUUGGAUGGCAUGCAAUUCAAGCCUUUGAUACUUCUGAUGAACAUUUCAAAGUAAAAAGUGGUAUCUAUUAUGAAAAUUUGUAUGGACCACCAGGACAAGCUCCACCUUUCAAUUUCAAUAAGGCAAAGCGAUUGAAUACUCAAAUUAAUUUUAUCAUGAUGCAAGACGAUGAUCGUGUAUUAUAAUUGCCAACCAUUGAUAAUUAUAAACUUGAUCAAAAAUUAUUAACAGAAGAAGACAAAGAAAAGAGAAAGAAAAUAUAUUCAGUAGCUAAUCCUAAAUGGAAUACUCAAAUACGUUUAGACAUCUCAUCUUUUAGAAACUUCUAAUCAAAGGAUGAAUUUAUAAUGAAAACCAUUGUUAUCGAAGAAGAAAAUAUUAUUAUUGAUGCCAUAGAUAGAUAAUGCAUAAAAUUCGAUCAAGUCUAAUUAUUUGAGGGUACAGGCAAAGGUGAAUUUAUUGCUAAUCAUUUAAUAAUAUUGAGGAUUGGUACUAGAUAUUUAGUGGAUACUUUCACGACUACUUUUAAAAAGUUAAAUUAUCUGUUUAGUUUCUUCAUCAAAUAACAAAUUGUCGGAGUGUGUAAAUUCCCUCUCUUUUCAGCAGGAGGAGCAUUAAAUGUAGGAUCAUAGAGAUUGAUGGUUCAUGAUCUAGAUGAUAGCGGAAAGAUCGGUAAGAAAACGACUAAAGAAAUGUAUAUUUUCAUACAAGAAGAAUAAUUGAAUCUGAAGGAUAUUGAGGAAACUCCCAAAUAUGCGCAAUAAACUAAAGAAUAAAAAAUUGUUAAUAAGUAAGAUUAGAGCAAAUACUUGAUUAUUGAAAUUGAUCAACUAACAGAUUACUUAAGUCAGGAACCAAUUGACUUUACUAUCUAGGUCUAUAAUGGAGAGGAACCAGCCAUGGAUUCAGAUGGAGUGAUAUGUGCAUAUACAAGUGUUACUCCUUUUUAACCUAAGCCAAAUUAUUCAGUUCCAAUAAACGAGGCAGUGUAUUUUAAGAUGCCAAUAAAUGCAAUCAUUGAAAGAAAGCAGGGCCUGGAAAAUUAUUAAGUUUUUAUAUCCUUUUCGGAUUUAGGAUGGAUUAGUUUUUAGUUAUUUUUAAAUGGAGAGUUAAACAGUUCUGAUUUUGUUGGGAAAUUAUUUAGAGGCGAUGUACCAGCCCCACCUGUUGAUUACACUAAUAUGAAGAAAAUCAACACCAAGGUUUCCUACAAUGUAAAGUACGAUUUGAAACAAACAGAAGAGUUUAGAAAUAGUUAAGUUGAAGAGAGAUCAGGACUCAUGAGAAGUGAAACUCAAAAGAAUUUAUAGUCAAUACCAAGUGAAUAGACUGCGAAAAUACCAUCUAGAAGAACGAUGAAUUCAAAUGAAAAUUUAGAUAAAUUACAGAUUAUGUUGAUAAAUGUCAAUGGAUUUAUAAACCAAAAAAAAUUAUAAGUGAAAGGAAUUCUCAUGAUGGAAGGCAAGACAUUAUUGGAUAAAUAUAACUAGUCUUGUUCCUUUAAGAGUGAGUUUAUAGACAAUGUAAAGAAGGUGGCAUUCUUUAACAAUGCUCGUUUUACAUUUUCAGUGGAUAUUCCUACACUUUAAAUGGAAUCUUACUUAUUUCUAUCAAUUUUUGAUGAAAAGGAAACUGUAAUUGCAUGGUUUGGAAAGAGAUUGGUAUAGGCUGUUGGAAAAUUAAAUAGAGGACAAUAAUUUGAAUAUCUUUUUGCUCCGCCUUUGAUGAGACCGCCAUUGGAUCAUUCACAAAUACAAAACCUAUAACAAUCAAUUUAAUUUGAAGUGAAAUGA